UGGAGAAUCACCAGCAAUUCUCCUCCGAACGCAAGGCCGCCGUCUCUACCCCAUCACGGCCAGUAUGCGGAGGCAAGAGACUAUGUCUGGGGCCCCAGAUCCAGCCAUCUCGGACUUCGUUUGCAUGCCGAAUAGGAUGUGAUUGGUGUGAUUAUUUGCAGCGCGGAUGCGUGGAUCCCAGAACCAGGUUCGUGCUUCCCGAAUUCUUGGGGUCAACACGGGAUGAUAGUACACCGUGCUUAGGAGAUAAGGUUAUAUAUCUAGCGAGGAGUCUCCACCUUCUGUUUCCUUCCUACGAGACCCUCUCUGCAUCUUCUGCGACCUUUGGUAACGCCGCACAUUGCAUCAGUCGUCAAGAAGUACCAGAGGGAACAAGCGCCACCAUGACUGUCUCAUCGAAGAGGGUGUACAAUUGGUACAUCUCGCUCGUAGCGGCAAGUUGCAUGGUUCUGUACGGCUAUGAUGCCUCCGUCUUCAACGCCGUCCAGGGCUCAAAGAACUGGGUAGCAUAUUUCAACCACCCUGGUCCCAACAUUAUCGGUGCGAUUAAUACUGCAUAUACAGUCGGAGCUGUCGUAGCUGGUUUCUUCUUCGGAGGACCGUUGGCAGACUAUGCUGGACGACGCGUGGGAAUGGCAGUCGGCUCUGGUCUUGUCAUCAUUGCCACAUUUAUGCAGACCUUCUCACCGAGAGGAAAUGUCGGCUGCUUUAUUGGUGGCCGAGUACUUAUUGGUCUCGGUCAGGGUCUUGCUUUGACGGCCGGCCCCAUCUACAUCGGAGAACUCGCCCCACCUGAAAUCAGAGGGAAGAUCAUGUCUUUUUGGCAGAUGUUCUAUUCCGUCGGCUCUUUCAUAGCUUACUGGGUCAAUUACGCAUGUUCCAAGAACCCCCAGCACCUCGGCGAAUGGGAUUGGAGAAUGGUCGUUAUCUUCCAGCUCCUGAUGCCCAUCCUUAUUAUCGCUCAGGUCUUCUUUAUACCGGAGACGCCUCGAUGGUACAUCCAGCACGGCAACCGACAGGAAGACGCACGUCGAUCGCUUCACCGAGUCCGUGACACCGACCAGGAGGUUGAAGAUGAGCUCCUGGCUAUCCGCGAGGCUAUUGAGUUUGAGGCCGAGGCGAUCUCUAGCGGCUAUUCUGCACUGUACAAGGACAAGUCUGUCAGGAAGCGGAUGUACCUCGCCAUGAUCAUCAACGCUGGCCAGCAGAUUACCGGACAAGGCACCCUCAACUCAUACAGCACAAUCAUCUACAAGAAGGUCUUCAAGUCAACGUCCCAGAUUGCGCUGAUUAACGCGCUUAACGCUACCUUCGGUAUCAUAUUCACGCUAAACGCCACUUGGACGGUCGAUCGUUUUGGACGCAAGUUCUUGUUCAUCGUCGGUGGUCUCGGUAUGGCUGCCUGCAUGUUCACCGUCGCUACGGUUGAGACUCAGACUCCCUCUUUCGAUGGAGCCAAGUCGGUGCCCGUUGGCAUUGCGAUCGUCUUCUUAAUGUUCUUGUUUGCAUUCUUCUACAAGCCAUCUUGGGGUGCCACCGUCUGGAUCUACACCUCUGAAAUCUUCUCCAUGAACGUCCGCGCCCAGGCCGUCGGCAUGUGCUCGCAGACUCAGAACGUCGCAAACUCCAUCGUCCAGCAGUUCUUCCCCCAGUUCCUCGACAACUGCGGCUUCUACGCUUUCUACAUGUUUGCGGGUGUCAAUGCACUGCUCGCGGCAUUCGUGUAUUUCUUCCUUCCUGAAACGAAGAAGGUUUGUCUUGAGGAGAUUGAUGCCUUGUUCGGAGGCACCAACCAUGUUGAGAAGGGUGCGGAGAUUGUUGGCGCAGAGGACCCGCAUCAUGCGCGGUUGGAAACGGUGGAGAUUGGUGGAGAGAAGACUGUCAUGGAGAGGAAGUGAGCUGAAGCAUAUCCGACGUGGUGACAAGAUGGAGAGAGGGACAGGCGUUGGCUGUGUGGUAUGUGAUACCGAUGUAUUCGCAUACGAUCGGG